CUUUCGACGUAGAGCCGACGCUAAUGCAAUGUCUCGUCCGAGGGUUUCGACACGAUAUCUACAUUAGCAUACAGUAUGGGUGGCAUUAACGCACCGUGCGGUUGUGUCAAAUGAAAUUCAUGUGCUUUGUCGCGGUUUCAAAUGUAGCCAAAACGAAGUGCCAACUUUGUGGAAACAUCGGUCGAUAAAAUGCGAUAUAUAUAAAGUGUGACAUAUAAUGAUAAUAUGUGAAUGUAAUAGUGAUACUUUUUACGUGUUAGUACAGGUCGCGUACUUGACAGAUUGGAUACAAUUGGAUUAGAUGCGAUUGGAUUUGAAUGCACAUAAUAUGCAGAAAUGUAUAAAAUAUCCAAAGUACUGUACAUUUUAUGAUAUUUAAUAGAUGAAACAACUUUUCACGCAAGUUUCAAUUUCAUAGUUAUAUUUUCCGCAGCUUACUUAUAACGCUAAUCAAUUCUCAAUUUCUAAGUUAUUUUCUAUCGCAUAAGCUACCCAACUUAAUGACAAUGCCUACGAAAAGUCUACUAAAAAUUGCAGCAAAAUUAUAACGCAAAUAGUAAUAUAUCUACAAAUAGUAACAUUUAUAAUAUUAAUAACAAUACAGCUAAAAAUUAUAAUACCAUUAGUAAAAUCUAUAGAUGGUAAUAUUUAUAUUAUCCAACUAUCGAACUUUAUAACUCCAAUAGUAAUAGCUAAAAAUUACAACAAGAUUAUGGAGCAGAUUUCGAAAACAAAAGAUUGGAAUAUCGCUAUUCACGUAUAACAAGUGCGGUUAAAAGAGUGACAAAGAGAGGGGGGCGGGGGGAGAGAGAGAACGCUGCAUACAUACAUACAUAUACACAUACAUAUUUAUAUAUCUAUAUAUAUAUAUACGUACGUUGAGCGAACGCUCCCGCGCUUCUGUAAAAUAAACGUCAGCUGAUCGUGAUUUUAAUCAAAAAGAACGGUAUGUGAAAAUAAAACUUACGAAUAACGUUGGGACUGAUACCGCAUCGAUAUUUAUCAAAUUCAAGUUUUACAUGAUUGUUGUAGUUAUAUGCAUAUCCUUCUGGACAUUUUUACACUUUAAAAUCCCUUAUAAAUGCAUAGAUAUAUGCAAUCUAUUUAUCGCUGGGUACCAUUUUACAAGUUUCGAUCUUGCAUCGAAUUGUAUCAAAGACGCAGCUAUCAAGAAGAAUCGAUACCUCUUCGAUACUUGUACGAAAAUAUCAAUAUCGAUUUAAUAACUCUAUGGAACCCAUUAAGGACCAAAGUCGCGAUAACGCCGUACAUAUUUUAUUUGUAAUUUCUUCUUAAUCGAUUUACGUUAUUGGAUUCUAUUCAAUUUGCACUAUUGAAUUGGCAUUUUAAUUGUAAAAAAAAAAAAAAAAAAAAAAACUUUAGAAUUCUUUUUGUAACUUCGAUUUGCUUUUGAUAAUGUAUUCAUUAUUCUAAUACACUCUUUGUUACUUGGCAAAACGAUAAUUUACUUUAUUCAUGAUUUUCUAAAUAACCUAACUAUAAGCCGUGCCAAGUGCUGAGCACGAACGCAACGUGAGUAUUUCAUCAUGAAAACUGCGGAAUUUUUGGGCUAAAGAGUUUAACUUUCUGGAGUACAAUCAUACAGGAUAAAAUCGGCAUAUAAAAGAUUACGAACAACCAUUAUCCGCGAUACUGACAUUUUCUGGUUACUAGUAACCAUCAUCGAUGACUGUCGAAAAUUUUCUUUCGACCCUUCGAUUUCUAAUAGCUUGAAAAGUUUACACCGUUUCUUUUCUCUUCUAGUUGUAGAGUACGAUAACUAAUUAAAGGGUAAUUCGAUUCAAAAAAAUUAAUUUUAUCCUGUACGUAAUCAGUAAAGUAUUCCGUGGUCGGUAAUGAUCGUAGGUAACUGAAAAAGAAUACAUAUCCGUCAUGGAUAAUGGUUAAAUGGUUACCAUUGGUAACCAAACAGAUCGUAAUCAUUUAUAAUGUUUAUUCACGAUGAAAAUCGUUCAAACUAACAUAUCGAUUCUUACACUACAACUUUCUUAGCUUCGAAUCGUAAGUGUCACGAUAACUGUCGUCCGCGACUUUGUAUGGAUUUUCCAUACGCUUAUUCGAAUCGAAUUGUCAGAAUAUAAGAAAAAUGUGUAUCGCAUCUUGUUUGCAUCGGUCCCAUCGUUACUCGCGUUACUCGCGUUACUCGCGUUACUCGCGUAUUAAUCGUGGAAAUGACGAUCGCCGGCAGGCGGCGACAGUGUUGCUACCGUAGAAAGGACUGCAGUCGCGCACGUGUGUCCGUUGAGUGAACGACGGCACGCGGCGAGAGAGAACCGGUGUCUUUGUCUCUGUGCACGUAUAUUUCUUCCCUCUUCUUUGUCGUUUUCACACGUGUAUCAGGCGUGUGCCGUCUCUCGGUAUGCUCGCACCGUUCAGUAAUUUUUCGGCUAUCAACGGACGAGUAUCUCGCGAACAGUAAUUUUAAAAGCGGUGCACACGAUGCCGGACAAAAUCGCGCCAAUGGAGAAGCAAGUUUUGGCGGUCACGAAAGUCAUCAACCAUGAAAACGAUGCGGUGAAAUUGAAAAAAGAACUCGGUUUGCUGGACGGUGUCGCGAUUAUCGUCGGCAUUAUCGUUGGCGCCGGAAUCUUCGUAUCGCCGAAGGGUGUGCUGGAAAAUAGCGGCAGCGUUGGACAGGCUUUGAUAGUUUGGAUCUUUUCCGGUGUUUUGUCUCUGAUCGGUGCACUGUGUUACGCGGAACUCGGUACCAUGAUCCCAAAGUCUGGAGGCGACUACGCUUACAUCAACGACGCUUUCGGACCCCUACCGGCGUUCCUCUACCUCUACGUGGCAUUGUUCGUGCUGGUCCCAACUGGAAACGCGAUCACAGCCCUAACGUUCGCACAAUACAUCUUGCAACCAGUUUGGCACGGUUGCGUUCCUCCGUACGCAGCGGUGCGACUACUCGCUGCCGUUAUCACAUGCUUGUUAACAGCCAUUAACUGUUACAACGUGAAAUGGGCGACCAGAGUGCAGGAUAUCUUCACCGGAACGAAGAUUUUCGCCCUGGUGAUCAUCAUGGUCGCUGGAUUUUGGUGGCUCUGCAUGGGUCACACGGAAAAUUUUCGCCAUCCCAUGCAUGGAACCAAUACCCAGCCUGGCUACGUCGCUCUAGCCGUUUAUUCAGGCCUGUUCUCUUAUUCCGGAUGGAAUUAUCUGAAUUACGUAACCGAGGAGCUAAAGGAUCCUUACAGAAAUCUUCCAAGAGCGAUUUGCAUAUCAUUGCCGUUGGUGACUGUGAUUUAUGUCCUGGCGAACAUUGCUUAUUUCGUGGUGUUAACGCAAGAUGAAAUUCUGGCAUCGAACGCUGUCGCUGUCACUUUCAGCGACAAGCUGUUGGGCGUGAUGUCUUGGAUAAUGCCAUUGUUCGUAGCUUGCUCAACGUUCGGGGCGUUGAACGGAGCAAUUUUCGCAUCGUCGCGAUUAUUUUUCGUAGGAGCUCGCAAUGGACAUCUGCCUGCUGCCAUUGCUCUCAUCAAUGUGAGAAACUUAACGCCAAUGCCGUCGCUCAUUUUUCUCUGCAUUAUCACCCUGGCACUUUUGAUCAUAGAGGAUGUCUAUGUGCUAAUCUAUUAUGUUAGCUUCGUUGAAGCACUAUUCACUACGCUCUCGGUGUCUGGCCUCCUCUGGCUUCGUUACAAAAGUCCCGAUCGCCAACGACCAAUAAAGGUGUCUAUCGUAUUGCCGAUUAUAUUUUUCAUAAUAUGCGCUUUCCUGGUCACAUUCCCCUGCUACGUGUCUCCAUGGGAAGUGGGAGUAGGAGUGAUAAUCAUCUUAUCUGGUAUUCCUAUGUAUUGCAUCUUCAUUUAUUGGGAAAAGAAACCUAAAUGGAUUAUCAGAUCGUCUCACAAUUUCAACAUGAUCUGCGCUAAAUUAUUCAUGUGCGUGCAAGAGGAGAAAAGUGAUUGAUCACCAAGUGCCGUUCUACUAUAAUUAAUGUUUAGAAUUACUUUAUAAUUAGUUUCGUAUAGAAAUUUAUAUAGCGUGAAUGUGUGCUACAUCGAUCUAUCGAUUUCUUCAUUUAUAGAUACCAAUGACAACUAUGAUUAUUUUAUCGCGAGUUAAAUAGAUCCGACUUCGGACGAAAGCAUGGCCAACAUUCCAACGAAAUCUACAAACGCACGCUGUUUCUCGUAGAAUUUAUAAAUGAACGAAUCGAUCACACUUGAUUUGUAUUUUUAUAUACAUAUUAUGAAUAACAUAUCCAUGAUUUUCAUUGCCUAUAUGUCAAUUGGCCGGUUCGUCGGAUUAUAUGCAACAACAUUUUCUAAUUGAUCAUUCAUAUUCGUAACAGUUGCAUAGCAUAAUUGCUAGAUAUUAAUUGCAUUUAACUAGAAGAGACACUUUCACUUUCACUUUCACUUUCAAUUUCAAUUUCAUUCACUAAAUUUCUCAUUUAUUCAAACAGCUUCAAAGUUAUAGCUAUACAUAUAUAUAUAUAUAUAUAACGAAAUAAAUAGAUGCGCUGAAAGGUAUGCACAUAAUGAGAAUCUUGGAAAGUCAAUUGCUCAUUUAUUAUAGAAUUUGUAAAUACAUAUCAAGUAGAAUUAUUCCGGACGAAUAAGAAAAAGCAGGAAAGGGAAAAGCAGAAAAGUAAAGGAAUACGUGAACUUCUCUUUUUAGAUAACUUCCUUUUGCAUUUAAUUCCUUAAUUUAACCUUCUUAAUUGCCUUAAUAACAAAUGUUAACAACUUCUUCAACUUCAUCUCUGGAGAUGAUAAAUGAAACCUAUUUUACAACAAUUCUGUUGUAAGAUAGAAUCGUUUGCACUAUUAAACGUUUCUUCGCACUUUGUCUUUCGUUGCCAUUCUUAUGGUUAAUCAUUCUUAUGGUUAACCAUUCUUAUGGUUAACCAUUCUUAUGGUUAAACAACAUGAUUUAACAAGAAUUCAACAGGAUUGAACGAUAAAUUUUUAAUUGAUGAAUAGAAAAAAGUUUAAGAAAAAGGAGAGAAAAAAGUACAUACAUACAGAACAAAGCCACAAAGAUUGUAAUUUCCAAAGUAAUCAAUACUCUUGCUCGCUUAAAAAAUUCAAAUACUCUUUACUUUUCAUUUUUCCCUCCCCCGUAAUAUUCUUUGUUCUUGUAUGAAUCAACAAUUAUUAACCACUUUGUAUGUUUAACUAUAAGGUUGUUUACCGUGUUCUGUAGAUAAUGCGUGUGUAUAAAAUCACAUAAAAUCACAUAAAAUCACAUAAGACUGCAAAAAGUAUUUGUCUCGCGAUAACACACGUGGCUAAAAUUAAUCGAUAAUGCAUAAAACUAUUCAUAUAUUCACUAUAUUUGAUUAAUUCAUAGUCGUGCAUUGUUUUAGGGAUCUUUUAAACACAUUUCACCUCGUAAGAAAAUGUGAAUUUUCCAUUUGAUUGUAAUAAUUAAAAUAAUACGUAUCAUUUUAUUAAUUUUAUUAAUAGACGCAUAAUAACUGUAAUACAAGUAGUAGAACCGUGUGUUGUAUUUAAACUAUUUAAUUGUACAUACAGAGAAUGAAGCGUUAUAAAUUAUUUAUCACAAUUCGAUCAAGCAUGCUGUUCGAUAGGUGAACGCCAUACACCAGCGUUGGUCCGUAAACCAAUGAUAGUAAGUAAUUCUUACAUUGAUACAUGUAUGUCUCUUUCGUCUAUCACACCAUGAUUCUAUUUAGUUACGUUAAAUAAUUUAUAGAAUGUCGAAAAGAGAAAUGAUUAUUAUUCUAUAAUUAACGCGUUGAAAACUAUACUUUGUAAUUCAUGAUUGUAUUUCUGCUACUACCGUAUGACACGUCUGGCAAAAGUAAUGCAUUUAAAAGGUAGAAAAAUUGAACGAUAUCUUGCACGCUCGCUAUAUUAAACAAUACCGGUUAUUUUAUAUAAUAUAACAAAGAUAUUUUACAACAAGAUAAUAUUUUAUACUGCUUAUUAGUUGAUCAACUACUCGUAGACCAACAAAUUUGAUAUUGUAUCGUUAGUAAUAACGCCUUCUUAGCUUUUUUUUCCAGAGACGUCUCCAUUUUAACUACGAUGCGUAAAUUUAAUUCAGGAUUUAGAUAAUAUGUUCUUUUUUUAAGAAACAGAAAGCUAAUAUGUAAAACACUAGGCCUCUUGAAACACGUCGUAAGCAAUUAAUUGUCAUACAGUGAUAGUGAAUGUGUUCAAAAGGAUAGCGAUCGUCGACCAUGUGCCUUAUGUGUAGCGCAUGUGAAAAGAAUUUUGCAAUUAAAAUUUUUUCGAUACGACUAUAUUUGUACGCAAAACGUGUUGUUAUAUACUUUUAUAUAUAUAUAUUUAAUUACGUUUGUUGCUGUUAAAUUGGUCGUUAUUCGUUUAACUAGUAGUAACGUUCCGAAUAUGUUAACCGAUCCUGAAUCAUUGUAAUGUUAUUCGUUUAAGAAAGGCGUUACGAAAAGCGUUUUCAUUAUCUUUUAAAAUAAUCAACGAGAUCGGAUCGAGCUAACUUGAAAUAAUUGAUUCAAUGAAUUCGCUUGUGUACUAUGAAAAUAUUUCAAAUAUUUUGUAUUAAUUGCGCCUCUGAAGAAAUCGAAAUUAAAACGUACCGAAUGAAAAUGUGAAAGAAGGACAAAAUCGUAAGCAACAAAUAUCAUGAUAGGUGUAAUAAACGACGUAUCAAUGUAA